CUGCACAGCGCUCACCAUGAGACAAGAAAUUCCAAUCACCAUUUUGCUCAUUUGUCUCCUCCAAGCAACAGUUGACUCCUUCAAUGUGGGUAUUAUCGAUGGGCACAAAGCCAAGCCUCACUCAAGACCAUAUAUGGUAUCACUACAGAGCAAUGGACAACAUUUCUGUGGAGGAUUCCUGAUUGCAAAAAAGUGGGUUAUGACGGCAGGGCAUUGUUCACCGUCUGCCAAUAGUGCAGAAGUAGUAGUGGGAGCUCACAACAUUAAAAAAAAAGAACCAUCACAGGAGAGGUUACAAAUCUUGGAGCAAUAUCGUCAUCCAAAGUAUUACGUGAAAGAUGAUAUUCCAUAUAACGAUAUAAUGCUGCUGAAGCUGGCUCGAGCUCCCCGGCUGACUAAACAAGUGCAGAUAAUUGCAUUGCCAAAGAAGGAUCAUAACAUCAGUGUUAAUACCAUUUGUGAUGUUGCUGGAUGGGGAAAAACAGAGCAAGGAUGCCUAUCCAAAUUCUUGAUGGAAGUGUCUGUUCCUAUUAUUAGCCAGAAAUCCUGCAGCAAGUUUUUCCCUACACUGGAUAAAACUAUGAUGUGUGCCAAUAAGCCUCCAUCAAGGAAGGAUUCAAGUCAGGGAGAUUCUGGUGGCCCUUUGGUAUGCAAUGGUGUGGCAGAAGGCAUAGUUUCUUUUGGAACACACAAACCACCUGGAGUUUAUGCACAGAUCUCCAGAUUUCUACCUUGGAUUUCCAGAAUUAUGAAGAAAGCUGAAGCUUAUGAAAUGAGUCAGAAAAUUUAAAAGUGAAUUUACCUAACUUUAAUAUUUUAUGACUCAGGUUAGACUGAAUACAUUCCAUGCUGAGAUAUAGGUUGCAGUUGGCUUUUUCUUUGGAUGGAAAUAUAUAUUUUAUAAUGAUAGUUUCAUCUAACAAUAAUUAGCUUUCCUAAAUUUGAUUCUGAGAUAUGUAUUUCUUCUUCUUUAGCUGUGAACUCUCAAACUGGUUUUUAGUCAUAACCAUGCAUUGUGAUUUGUAUUUCUUUUAAUGCUGAGUUUAUUGUGUGUGCUUUUUUCUAUCAAACAUCAUUUGUUAAUUUCACAAGAAAAGGAAAAUAUUAAAAACUAGUAAAUGCAA